AUGGCUAACCAAUGCAUCUUCAAACGCAGACUCACCCCCGAACUCCUCCAAGAAUGCGAGCGCGUAAUCAACAAGACCCUCCCAGCAUGCGUCGCCUUCCACAAGCCCUCCUGCCUACAGCAACUCAAAAAUGCCUCGAUGGAAUGGACCUUGGUCAAUGCCCUCCUCACCACAGCCGCUCGCCACUCUCCCGCCAUGAUUCGACGCUAUGGAGGACAACUCGGUGGCGCUGGCGCUGCUGAGCAUUUUGCCCAGAAGGCGGGUCAACUUGUGAUGCAGUCGUUGGCUUCUCCUAGCCUUGCCGAUAUCCAGGCCCUCUGCCUUCUCGUCAUCCACGAAUGGGGUUGCAGGGAAGCUGUUCGUGCCUACAUCUACCUCGGCCAAGCUGCCCGUAUGAUCCAGAUGUACAGGAUAGUCUCCGCCCAACAGCGAAACUCCGACCCAGACCAGUUUUUGCAGGACGAGAGCUUCCGCCGUACUCUCUGGCUCAUCUACAUCCUCGACUGUUUCCUUACCAGCAGCCCCGGCCGUCGCCCCGCGCUCUCGACUCACGAUGUUGUCGACAUUGCCUUGCCCUGCGCAGAUAUGAACUUCAACUUUGGCAGCCCUGUUGUCGUUAGAACCAUUGGUGGCGCCGCGCCAUCCCAUGCUGAGCCUGGCGCUGCUCUCUCGGAGGUCGGCGAGUUCGGUCACAUUGUUCUUGCCACUAGAGCUUGGCGCAACGUUGUCGAGAUGAUGACGACGACCACUCUCGAAACCUUCUCCGACACCCAGUGCCUUGCGUUGGAGGCUGAUAUCGAUACCCUCCGCCAGACGCUUCCUCCCCAUUUUGCCGACAAGCCCGGCCAGAUCAACCUCCACAUCACCAUGGGUAGCGGUUAUACUUACGCAAUGAUUCACUGUCUCCUUAACUGCGGGACCAUCUUCGUAAACCGACGCCGCAUCCUUCAGGUGGUAACCGACGAGAACUUCACCAUCGACGCCUGGCGCAUGGCUUCUCACACGCACAUGCAGACCGUCGAUCGUAUCUUCGCCGCUUCCCACAGCAUCAUCCACUCUCUUCUCGCCCUCGAACACGGAGCCGACAAGGACAUCAUGGUGUGCUUCCCGAUUUUCAUGCUCUUCUCGGCCUUUACCGCCGGCUCGACUGUAGCAUACCUCACCCUCAAAAGUCUCGCUCCUUCCACCGUCACCGAAUCCGCCAGCAGCAUCGUUCGCGACAGCUUGCGUCUGUGCCAGGAUGGAUCCGAGUCUUGGCCCCUGGUCACCCCCUGGGCUCGCCACCUCACCGUUAUGUCUAAGGUCCUGCGCGAUAUGAAGGUACUGGGCCGCGACCGCGAGGCGCGCGAAGACAGCCGCGCCACGUUGCACGCCGCCUCCCCUCACAUUAAGGAUGACGUCGCCACUCCUCCCGACAACACCAACCACCCCGAAGCCAUGGAAUUCGAUACCGUCCAGCCCAAUAGCACCGGUCUUGGAUCGGUGGGACCCGCUGCUGCUUCACCCGGUGCUCCCACCCCGACCAUCGAGGGAGCAGGUGGUAGCGAAGUUGGCGAAACCCCUCUCGUCAGACGUCCCCAGGGCAUCACCACCAUUAACGGUGGAUCGGUUGGCGCGGUCGAUACCAGGGUUGCGACGACUAGCCCGCCGCCGCACGCUACUCCCGUGCUGCAGCAUCAGCAGAUGAAGGUAGACUCGCCCAGCGCGCAGUCAUCGGUGUCGAACCAGGGAGGUGCCAACGCGCAGGGAGCGAGCGUCCCUCCUAGCGGGGCAGAUGCCGUGGACAUGACGGCUAAUGAACUCUGCCAGGCGUUUGAGAGGCAGUUGCUGGAGUUGGAUGAUUUGGCUGCCUUCAUGGGCGGUGGUGUAUAA